AUGGUUAUCGUGUACGGCAUUAUUGGUGCUUUUGCAGCCAUUUUCUUGCUUAUUGUCAUUACCGGCGCUGUCUGUUCCCGCCGCCAUACCGGGCGGUAUAUACCUCGCCUGGUCGCUGGACGAACCCCGCAAAUUAGAGCCGGAGAUAUAACACAAGCCACGCUCGCUGGGCGACCGAGACGAAGUAGAGCGAGAGGUAUAGCGCAAAUUGUACUAGACACCAUCCCUAUUGUCAAAUUCAACAAUGACGACGACGGGGUCGAUGCCGCCAGGUGCGACGUGGAGAUGAUAGCUAACGGCCCUGCUAGCGAGCACUCUCCUUCCCGCUCCGAGUGCAUCGCCAGCGUCGGCCAGUCUACCAGGUUGUAUGAACCUGAGCUGGCAACCACCGAGGAGCCAUCCAAGCAACCUACCACCCUGGCCGCCGAUCGUGAGUCGAAGAAGGAUGCAGCCCCUGACGAAGGUAACGUCUCCUGCCCAAUCUGUACCGAUGAUUUCGUCAGGGGCCAGGACCUACGUGUCCUUACUUGCAACCACCAAUUCCAUCCGGAGUGCAUUGACCCAUGGCUCGUGAACUUUUCUGGCACUUGCCCUCUUUGCCGCAUUAAUCUCAACCCUCCUAAGGCCGAUAAAAAGGCCGAACAAGAAGGAGAGAAUGCCGAGCAGCAUGCCGACGAGAAUGCUGCCACGGAGGAGUCCACCUCCACAAUAGCUGACGGCACGCAGUCCCGCCACUCUCGCUAUCGACUCACUAACUAUCCCUACGGUCCAUUGAACGUCCGGCGCAUACACGAUGCCACCGUUGAGGAACGUCUUGCUUCCUUGCGCCAUAUCCGUCAAGUCAGCCAACGGGAGGGUGCGGGCAUCGAAGAUACAACCGCACGACCAGGCCACAGCCGCUUGUCUAGUCCUUUCCUCAGGCAUUUCCGAAUCAGCACACGCCCCCACGACUUCGAUGCUUCCAGCCCUGGUGUGAGCGAUACCUCUACCCCGACUGUUCCACCGCCAGCCCAUCUAGGGAGCCAUUCAAAUUUGGAAUCCAGCUCAUGA